AUGGAAGCCAAACUCUUCGACCCCCCACCUCUCCGUCUUCACCUCCCCUCACUUUCUCCACCCCCCACCAAUUUCACCCCCUUCCCCCUCCGCAACAACCACACUUCCUUCAAGUCACUCGCUCACAGUUCCGUUUCUUCACACACCGACCCCAUCGAAGAUAAUCAACUAUCUCAAUCUCCCAAACCUGUUUACUCUCCCACACCCCCCAAUCGUCAACUCCGUACUCCUCACAGCGGCUACCACUUUGAUGGAACUGCUCGGAAAUUCUUUGAGGGUUGGUACUUCAAGGUUUCCAUUCCGGAAAAGAGGCAAAGCUUUUGCUUUAUGUAUUCUGUUGAGAAUCCUGCGUUUCUUAAACCCUUGACGAAUUUCGAAUUGGCUCAAUAUGGACCUAGGUUUACUGGUGUUGGGGCACAAAUUCUUGGUGCUGAUGAUAAAUACAUUUGUCAAUAUUCUCCGGAAUCACAUAACUUUUGGGGAAGCAGGAAUGAGCUGAUGCUGGGCAACACUUUUGCUGCCAAACCGAAUUCCAAACCUCCAAACAAGGAGGUUCAUCCUAAGGAAUUUAAUGAUAGAGUGUUGGAAGGCUUUCAAGUCACUCCCCUUUGGCAUCAAGGUUCCAUUUCCGAUGACGGAAGGUCGGAUUAUGUAGAAACAGUAAAGACGGCUCGCUGGGAGUAUAGUACACGUCCUGUAUAUGGUUGGGGUGAUGUCGGGUCCACACAAAAGUCAACUGCUGGCUGGCUUGCAGCUUUUCCUGUUUUUGAACCGCAUUGGCAAAUAUGCAUGGGCGGUGGACUUUCAACAGGCAUGUGCUAUCAUGGUUGGAUAGAGUGGGAUGGCGAGAGGAUUGAGUUUGAAGAUGCCCCAUCUUAUUCAGAAAAGAACUGGGGUGGAGCAUUCCCGAGAAAAUGGUUUUGGGCUCAGUGUAAUGUUUUCGAAGGUGAUAGUGGGGAAGUUGCACUUACAGCAGCAGGCGGAUUGAGACAAAUUCCCGGAUUAACUGAGACAUUUGAAAAUGCUGCAUUGAUUGGAGUUCACUUUGGUGGAAAGUUUUAUGAAUUUGUGCCUUGGAAUGGUGUUGUAACCUGGGAAAUUGCUACAUGGGGUUAUUGGUUUAUGUCUGCAGACAAUGGCAAUUAUUUGGUUGAAUUAGAAGCAACAGCAGAUGAUUCAGGUACUACGUUACGUGCUCCAACCUCAGAAGCUGGCCUUUCCCAAGCUUGUAAAGACACAUGCUUUGGAUAUCUAAAAUUAAAAUUGUGGGAACGAAGAUACGAUGGAAGCAAGGGAAAGAUUAUAUUGGACGUGAAAAGUGACAUGGCAGCUCUAGAAGUUGGAGGAGGUCCAUGGUUUAACAAAUGGAAGGGAAAGACAUCAACUCCACCUGUUGUUCAGCGUGCUAUUGGAUUGCCUAUAGAUGUAGAUAGCAUCUAUAAUCUGUUUCCUCUGUUUAAACCACCUGGUUUGUAG